CACGUCAGUGAGAGAAACAGAGAGAAGCCGUACAUAGAGUGAGAGACGGAGAGUGUGAAAGGCAGGGAGGGACACAGAUCGUUGCUCAGCACGGAAACAACCAGGUUGGUCUGCUGUGUUUUUCGCACCGCAGUGGACUUUACAGCUCAGUUCCACUUGAGCAGCACUUUUGGCUACAGGCACACACACUUUCUCUCAGAUACUGUACAUUACAAAGAGACGUGGACACACACACACAUAAACAAACGCACUACGAGCGGUCAACUCGGCACAACUGAUGGUGGACGUGAGCUCGGCAGCACUGCCCAUGCAGGUGCCCCCAACAACCACAGCCAUCCUUCCCAUGGACCUGCGCGUAGUGGACCACCAUCACCACCACCAGCAGCCCCCCUUCGGCCUGGUUCCCCAACCCCAUCCUACACCGCCCACCUCCACACCUUGUAAUGCGGAGCCAGGCCGCGGGCCAGUCAUAAACCACCAGCAACAGAAGCUGCAGCAGGAGCUGGUGGUUCUCAAACACAAGCAGCAACUCCAGAGGCAGAUACUGAUCGCUGAGUUUCAGAGGCAGCAUGAACAGCUGUCCAGACAACAUGAAGUCCAGCUGAAGGAACAUAUCCAGCACCAACAGGAUUUACUGGCGCUCAAGCACCAACAGGAGCUGUUGGAGCACCAGAGGAAGAUGGAGCAGCAGCAUCAUGAGCAGGAGCUGGAGAAGCAGCAGCGGGAAUUCAAACUGCAACAGCUGAAAAACAAGGACAGGGGACAGGAAAGUGCAGUCGCCAGCACAGAGGUUAAGAUGCGACUGCAGGAGUUUGUCCUGAACAAGAAGAAAGCGCUGGCUCAUCGAAAUCUAAACCACUGUCUGCCCAGCGACCCACGCUACUGGUAUGGAAAAACCCAGCACAGUUCAUUGGACCAGAGCUCUCCUCCUCAAACAGCUUUGUCAGCGUACAACCAUCCGAUGCUGGGCACAUACGACUCAAAAGAUGACUUUCCUCUUCGGAAAACAGCCUCUGAGCCCAACUUGAAGCUUCGUUCCCGCCUAAAGCAAAAGGUGACAGAGCGCCGCAGCAGCCCUCUGCUCCGAAGAAAAGACAGUCCCAUCACUACUGCCAAGAAGCGUUCCUUAGACGUGGCUGAGUCAGCAUGCAACAGUGCUCCGGGCUCAGGUCCCAGCUCCCCAAACAACAGCUCCACUAACAUCCCCAGUGAGAAUGGAAUCACCAUCUCCAGCAGCCCAGGAGAGGCGUCGCUGCUUCACAGGUUGGCUGCAAGGGAAGGCUCCCUCAGCCAUCUCUCGCUCUACACCUCCCCUUCUCUGCCCAACAUCACCCUGGGACUGCCAGCCACAGGCCCUGCUAGCACUUUGGUCUCAGGGCACCAAGAUGGCGAGGGUCGCCUGCAGUUGCCUGCAUUACAGCAGGGCAUUUCUCUGACUGCUCCGUUCCUGCCCACUGCCCACCUGCCACCUUACUUGACAACGACAGCUCUGGAUAGGGAGGGGGCAGGAGGGGGCACGGCUGGUCACAACCCACUUCUCCAACACAUGGUGCUGCUGGAGCAGGGCCACAAUGCAAUGGUUGGCCUGGGUGGCCUUCCGAUACCGUCACCUGCUGUCUCCAAACUUGUGCGGGGCCACCGUCCCCUGGGAAGAACCCAGUCAGCCCCCCUGCCCCAGCAGCAGUGUGGGCAAGCCCAGGCCCUGCAGCAGCUGGUGGUUCAGCAGCAGCACCAGCAGUUCCUGGAGAAACACAAACAACAGUUCCAACAGCAGCAACAGCAACACAUCAUCAACAAGAUUAUGUCCAAGCCUGGUGAUCAGGUCUCAGUCGCAUCCUCCGGCCCCUCGGGACCCGCCCGGCAGCACCAGAGUCACCCUGAGGAGACAGAAGAGGAACUCAGGGAGCACCAGGGGCUCUCCACCUCGCCUUCGUCGUCGUCCUCUACGUCCGUGCCUGAGACUGGUCCUCUGCGGGGGCUGGUCAUCAAGCAGGAGCCCCCAGACCCCCAAGAGCAUGAAGACAGGGAGCAGAGGGAGAGACAGGCUGAGCAGGACUUCCUGUUCAGACAGCAGGCCCUGCUGUUAGAGCAGCAACGGAUCCACCAGUUGAGGAACUACCAAGCGUCUAUGGAAGCAGCCGGGUUGUCAGUGAGCUUUGCAGGACACCGCCCCCUCUCCCGGGCUCAGUCGUCUCCAGCCUCCGCCUCCUUCCCUCUGGUAGUUCAGGAUCCGCCUGCCAAGCCUCGCUUCACCACAGGUCUGGUGUAUGACUCAUUGAUGCAGAAGCACCAGUGUAUGUGCGGUAACACCACCAGCCACCCAGAACAUGCUGGACGUAUCCAGAGUAUCUGGUCCAGACUGCAGGAAACAGGCCUCAGGGCUCACUGUGAGUGUAUCCGAGGGAGGAAGGCCUCGCUGGAAGAACUGCAGAUGGUCCACUCCGAAGCCCAUGUCCUGCUGUAUGGAACCAACCCUCUGAGGCAAAAACUAGAUUGUUCAGUGAAUCCCAUGUUUGUGAGGUUACCAUGCGGAGGAAUUGGGGUGGACAGUGACACUAUUUGGAAUGAGGUCCAUUCAUCCAGUGCAGCUCGACUGGCCGUCGGCUCCGUGGUGGAGCUGGUCUUCAAAGUAGCAUCUGGAGAACUGAAGAAUGGUUUUGCUGUAGUUCGACCACCAGGACACCAUGCAGAGGAGAGCACGCCCAUGGGGUUCUGUUACUUCAACUCUGUCGCCAUAGCUGUCAAGCUGCUGCAGCAGAGGCUCAAUGUCAGCAAAAUCCUCAUCGUGGACUGGGAUGUUCACCACGGAAAUGGCACCCAGCAGGCCUUCUACAGCGACCCCAGUGUCCUCUACCUGUCACUGCAUCGCUAUGACGAUGGGAACUUCUUUCCUGGCAGUGGAGCUCCUGAUGAGGUGGGCACUGGAGCAGGUGUAGGAUUCAAUGUGAACAUGGCCUUUACUGGAGGACUGGAGCCACCCAUGGGUGAUGCAGAGUACCUGGCUGCAUUCAGGACAGUGGUCAUGCCUAUCGCCAAUGAGUUUGCCCCAGACGUUGUUCUGGUAUCUUCAGGCUUUGAUGCAGUUGACGGACAUGCUUCACCUCUGGGAGGAUACAAACUGAAAGCUAAAUGCUUUGGCUACCUGACUCGGCAGCUGAUGGCUCUGGCAGGCGGUCGGUUGGUGCUUGCCCUGGAGGGGGGUCACGACCUCACUGCCAUAUGCGAUGCCUCUGAAGCCUGCGUCUCCGCUCUGCUCGGCAAUGAGUUGGACCCCAUACCUGAUGAGGUGCUGCAGCAGAGACCCAAUGCCAACGCUGUCCACUCGAUGGAGAAAGUAAUUGAAGUCCAAGGUAAAUAUUGGCGCUCACUGCAACGCUCCGCCUCCACACUUGGUUGCUCGUUGAGUGAAGCCCUCCGGCGUGACGCAGAGGAAGCUGAGACCGUCUCCGCUAUGGCGUCACUGUCUGUUGCCAACAAGCACAUUGGAAAGAGGGCUGAAGAGGAACCAAUGGAAGAGGAUGCUACCAUGUAAAAGAAACAUCCCCCGAGCCUCUGACCUCUCUGACGCGUCUUCAUUCUGACAGUGUCCUCAUCCACUUAGGGUCAAUUUCAAUGACACCCCUGCAGAAAGUCUCACCCUGCCAAACCAAGCUGGCAUCUUGCUGUGGGGUGAGAUCAGGCAGCUCAAGCUGGCUAAAGUGACGCACAAUGGAAAUGGAACACUGAAGAGACACUCACUGAUCAGCGGUGCACAGACUGAUCAAGUUCAUUGUGUUUCUUUGACAACUCCCGUAGAAGAGGACUCGACCAUUCAUCAGUGACAGCCUUGAGUGCCAGUGCUUUUCAAACAAUAGACGAUAUGUAGUUUUUCAAAGCCAGUGGGAAUGAUACACAGACUAUCUGUAUUCACCUUUAUUUCUUGUUAGCCUGUUCUGUCUGUGCUUUCACGUUCAUCAAAAAGCACCAGAGCUAAUGUGAUUGUGACUCUGCACUACGGAUUACUUUUUUUCUGCUCUUUUGAGACAUCAUGAUGAACGGGACUAAGGGAUUGUAUAUCUUGCAGUUUUCAAGCAUUGUUGAAGAUAACUGAAGAGACAGAUCAUCGGGUGUUCUGAUCCUAAAAUGAUUGACAGUGAAAGACUGAGUGUGCCUUUUUUUUUUUUCAAACCUGGUGGAUUCUGUUGAACUCUUUUUCAAGAGCUUUUGCCUUAAAAAAAAAAAAAAAACAGGUUUGGGAACGAAGCCUCUUCUCCCCAACCCCUAAAACAUUUCUACCCUGGCAAGACAUCCAAUGCCUGCAUGUUGUUGGCACAUACACUGGAGGACCUUGGCAUGUUUACCUAUAACUCUCUGUCUCUCCCUGUACCUCCAUCUUUCCUUUUCACACUCAUUUUUAAUUCUCUCACUUUAGAAGGCAGUGCCCUGACACAAGAGGUGGUUCGUUUUAAAAGGAAGUUAAAAGUUGGACAUUUUUGCAAUUUUUAUGCAAAAAAAAAGUCUUGCAACUUUGUGAAUCAAGUCUUUACAGCACACUUGAACAUUUGGUUGUAAAACACAUAUCUUUACCAUAACAGCAGGGUUUAGAUAAUGUGCUUUCAUCAGCAUACUGACUACAAACUGCACUAACAACAAAGGGUCAACUCACACAUUUUAAAGCAUUGCUGCAGUUUGUUUUAGAGAGUCCAUUUGAACCCGGUCCAAACCUUCCUGCCAUUACAGAUCCACACAAAUAACUACAGGACACGAGACAAAAUAUUGUUUUAAAAGUCAUAUGGUAAACCAGCGCACCUCAGUAUUUCAAACAAAAGGUAACACAGCUGACAGGGUUCGGGCCAGAGGUUCGGGUUGCAAACAUUGCAUCCACAUGCCCCACCUUGGCUACAGGCCUGAUUAAAUAGUCAGCAGCUUUCCUUAGGUGCAGAGUAAAGAAGCACACGUUUUACUAAAACUACAGGACCUCUGAUAAAGUGAUAUUGUCACUUUAUGUUGUAAUUAAAUCAGUAAAACGUUUCAGUCCGACCACUGAAUGUCUCUGUGGGAAUCGGUAUCUUGUUUUGCAGAGUAACGAGGCAUAGACAGAAAUGAACCACAUGUGGGCCAAUUUGUUGAACCAGCCCCUCUCUUAAGGACAAUUGUGUCUCCGUGGUAACGAUGACCAUACCACCUGGGAUUUUCCAGAGGAGUGUUCCAGGGCCGCACAGUCUCUCGCAGCUGUUUUAACAUCUUUAGCCUCUUGUUAAGCACAUCUGCUGCCCAAAUGUAAGGUGCUGCGGGGCAGGUGUGUGCACAUCUGCUCUCAAACAGUGGAGCACAAGCUGCCCUUUAUAAAUAUUCAAGAGUAUACACAUAUUUUUAUAGUUAUUGUUCAUUUUUAAUCAUCCUUUGCUCCUGACAAAGUCAUACUGCCGUUGGAAUAAACCCAUGUCUGGUUAUCCUUGGAAGUUCUAAUAGCACAUGUAGCUCAGAUUCAGCUUUUGUACCGACAUGACGAGUCUGAUUCCUCUUCAAAUCAGUUAUAAAAGUAAUAUUUAAGAGGACUUGAGAAGUAAAUUUAAAUAUGAGCACACAUGACAGAACAGUCACAAAAUGCUGAUUUUAAUCUCCUUUCUGAUACCAUCCUUCCAAUUUGAGAUUGUCCCCUGGGCAACUACCUUCUCCCGCAUUGAUGUAUCAUACUUCAUGUCUUUUUCAGUAAACAGCGAGCAGAGUGUCAGGAUGUUUACUGUUGUUUACUGUAUAUAGGACAGUCUCCAGAGUAUUCCUGCCACACUUUUGUCAAUGACUACUCUUCUCUUCAUUCCUUUUUCUCUCAUUCUGUCGCUGUGUCGGUGGACUCCGGUGACUUCUAUUUGUACAUUUGAAAUGUGUUGUUUUUCUCCACAUUGCCCUCUUCUGUUACUUUGUAAAGCUGACAUACUUCACCACAGGUGAGGGCUCAAAUUCAGUUUUUAGUGAACAAUACAUCCCUUUGUUUUCUGGGUUCAGGGUUAGUGUGGGAGGGUUGGGAUGCCAAUGUUUUUACUUUGUAUAUUGAUGGACAUUUGUGUAUUUACUGUAUGUUCAUAGUAGAUUUAUAUAUGAAAAGAAAUGAGUAUAUUAUAUAUAUAUCUAUACAUAAUGAGAUAUUAUGAUCUUGUUUUUGAAGUUGAUAUUGAUACUUUUCAUGGGUCUUACAUACAGUCUUCACUUGUUAGGGUGUCACUGAAGGCACCGUGCGCUGUUCUUGGUUCGAGUUAGUUACGUGUACAGUAGCAUUUCAAUGGCUGUCUUUUUCUCUUCAACACUGAUGGCUGGCUUUAGGAUUUUAUCCCCAUUAUCAUAACACUGUUACUGUAGGUGUGCCAUUGUUCUCCGCUCAGACUCAUUUAUUCAUGUGUGCAUUUAUACAUUCCAGACUUUUUAUUUUUGACAAGUUAUUAGAUUUUGUUGAGGGAAAACACACAUUUAAGCAGACACAUUUAAAAUUGUAAGAAAUGUAAGGCUCAAAUACAACCAAAGUGGAGAUCCGUUGUUUUUCCUUACAGGGUUUGCAAGUUCAUUCUCCUAAAACAACAAAAAGGGGAGGGGUAGAUUUGAAUAGAAACAUUGCCCUAUAUUAAAUCACUCAUAUUGGCGCUGCUCAUGAUUUCACAGGAUCAUCACUUAUUUCCUCAUCUAGCCAAAUGUUCUUAGUUUUAAUUAAAAUCAACAUUCCUUCAAUAAAUCCAGCUCACAUUUGUAAUAUCCUUCAUCAACUAAGAGCUGCCUCUGGGCUUCAUGGUGGCCUGUUUUUAGUAAGACUGCCCUGUAUCCAGGAGGAGACAGGUAUCAACACUCAAUAUCAUUAAUACAUAUCUGGCAUGGGUGACAUAUUCUUUAUCAAUCAUACGUGAGAAGAAAAGAAAGAUUACAGUGUCAUAUGCUGAAAAUCUUAAUCAGACUUUUAAAGUCAUCGUUUUUUUCAUUUUGACUUAAAACUCCUGUGAGGAGUUUUUAGGUGGUUUUGAAAUAGACUGAAGUUAAUAAUGAGGUCUCUUAAUGAGCUUUACAUGCAUUCUCAAUCAGCAACAACUUUGAUUAUCUAUAAAAUUGUUUGUUUUUUUAAUGGCUGUAGGUGUCAGACAAGACCAGUAACAGCUACCUGCUGAAACAGACAAUUUAUGUUACAUUUUCCACGGCAAAGAUUGUCGAUAUGGGAUUUAUCUGACUGUUACAAGAAAGCAGGAGGAUAUCUUUUUGUUAAAAAAAAAAAAAA